AUGCUCAGGGAGAUCGAAAAGCUGACCAGCCAGCUCAACGACAUCGAGAUGGAGGUUGAGGAAGAGUGCGACAACGACGGCAACGCCUCACCGCGCCACCACUUCCGGCCGACCAGGAGUGAACUGGAGGAAAAGAUACAGAGGCUGGAGAGGGAAAACAGGCGUCAAAGGCUGCGCCUAGCUGCCCAAAGGAGUAUUAUGAGGUCAACGUCAGAAGUUCAGAAAAAGGAGCUGUUGAACAACUUUGCCCAGACGUCACCCGUUCUGGAUAAAGCAGAGAAGACUCAAGUACGUUAUGAUAAGAAACAGAGCGUAAGUUUACCUGACAGAAGAUCCCUGCCCUCGUUCCGUGGGUUUACAAGUGCGAGCACCGUUCAGGAAGAUAUAGAGAGUCCUACAGAAGAAACGCCAGCGAAAGUUGACAUGGAUACUCAAGGGGCACUGGAUAGGCAAAACACUGCAGAGAUACAUGAAUGCAAGGAAGAAGAGUGCGCACCCUUGGGGCCUCUAGAGGACAAUGUGACUUCUGAUCAAGACGUCGCAGAGCCGCAGGUGUUACUGGUGAAUGGAAAAGGCGCGUCCCUUGUCAGGCUGUACGAGGAGACUGUCCGUGUGGCUAAGGAGUGGAGAGCCGACGCUCUUCGUCGGACGGAUGGCAGUAGCAGCGGCGACAAGGAAACGUUGCCAAGCAUGGAGGAGAAAGUGUCCCAAACUAGCCAGCUGGGCCGUCAGACAAGUUUGGACCGCCUGAAGGACCACAUCAUCUUGGAGCAGCUAGGGCACCUCGAAGCCUUUCAGGAGAUGUCUGCGAUGCGGAUCAAGUGCCUGCAGCGGCGCUUGGAGCAGAGUGUCCCGAAAGAGGUGUUCAAGUCGCUCAGCGAAGCCUACUCCAAGCUGGCCGCCAGUCAAACGAGGCUCCUCGCGAGAGUUGCCGAUGCUGCCAUUGCGGAUAACAAACUUGCUGAGGAGGUCUGUGCAUCGACGGAUACAGGUAUGCGCCCCCAUUCCUACGAUAUCGAAAGAUCGGCCAUUGAGUCCGUGCAGGGCCCGACGGAUUUCCUCUACUCCAAACUCCGCAUCAAGAAAGGUGUUAUCCUGACCUUAGUAGUCAGGAUGCGCUGGAGACUGACCUGA